GAAGUACUAAUAAAAUUAACAAAAAAAAUUCUCUAACAGUGAAAGAAAAUAAUUUUUAAUGCGAAUAAAAAAGUGAAAGAAAAAUUUUCAGAGAAAAAAUAAAACAGCAGUGCAAAAAGUAAAGAAUGACAGCAAUUACUGAGACCAAUAAUAAUAAUAAUAAUCAUAAAACUAAUGAAAAAGUCGAGAAAGCACUUGGACUGUUUGAAUUUAAGACAAAAAUUGUUUGGUCACAUUUUAUAUAUUUAAUAAUUGUUCAUGUUAUCGCAAUUUAUGGAUUCAUCACUUUUCCUUACACGUCAUCGAAAAUGACAUUUUUGUGGCUUCUGCUUGGAGCAAAUGUGGCAAAAUUUGGGGAGACAGGAGGUGUUCAUCGACUCUGGUCUCAUCGUGCUUACAAAGCUAGAUGGCCUCUUCGAUUAAUUUUACUAUUAUGCUACUGCACAAAUGGAGUGUUAAGACCAAUGGAGUGGAUAGCAUUUCAUCGUAUUCAUCACAAAUUUACAGACACUGAUGCCGAUCCACACAAUAUAAAACGUGGUUUUUUCUAUUCCCACUUGGGUUGGCUAUUUUUACGAAAACAUCCGGAAUUCAUUAAACAACUUAAGAAACAAGAUUUGAGCGAUUUGAAAAAUGAUUGGAUUCUAAAAUAUGGUGAAAAGUUUGCUUAUCCGAUAAUGAUAACGUGCAGCUUUCUCGUACCCGCAAUUCUUCCCGUAUAUUUAUGGAACGAAACUUGGCGUAUAUCAAUAAUGUCAGUAAUUAUGCGAUUCGUUAUGGUGGGAAACAUAACGUCCACUGUAAAUAGUGUCGCACAUUUUUGGGGAAUGAAACCUUACGAUAAGAACAUAACACCAGUGGAAAAUAAAGCAAUAGCAAUUCUAACGUUAGGCGAAGGAUGGCACAAUUAUCACCACGUUUUUCCAUGGGACUAUCGUGCACAGGAAUUACCAACUUAUGGCGUUAAUGUGACAACAUUUUUAAUUGAUAUGUUUGCAAUUAUCGGCUGGGCCUAUGAUUUGAAGAAACCAAGUCAAGAAUUAAUAAAGGCAACGUGCUUGAAAAGAGGCGAUGGAACACAUCACAUUUGGGAACGAGAAAUUCAACCUCCAGCGAAUUGAAAGUAAAAACGAAAAUCAAUUUCAAAGGAUAAAAAACAGUUGAAUGGCAACUAACUAUUGCACUUUUAAAUCUAUAAAUACCUAUACAACCUAAAUAUUUUUCUCAGUCAUAUAGAAAAUCAUAUCAAAAAACAAAAUCUGUUCUCCAUAAUAAAGAAAUAUUUCUAUCGCCAAAAUCUCGAAAUAAUCGUUUUUAAAAAAUUCAUUUUUUUUUCAAAAAAAUCUAAAAUGAUUAGAAAUAAUUUGUCUCUAACAAAAAAAAAAACUGUUAUACAUACAUAUAACAAUUAUUGCAAUUAGGAAUAA